UAUGUUCCCCAUUUUUCUGCGUUCCCAACAUUUGUUUACUGCUGUUCGAAAUUUUAUUGUUAUUUUUUCUAAAAUAAUUAAAUUUCUGAUUGAAAUUUAAAGCCAAGUUAUCAUAAACUUGACUAUGACACAGAAUGUCUGCCCGCGAUCAAAUUAAGAUCAUGUUGGACGAGUUGAUGGGGACAAGUCGGAAUGGGGAAGAGGACAAAUUUCCAGUGAAAUUCUAUGAACCCCAAGUCUGUAAGAGUUUCUUACUGGGAUGUUGCCCCCACGAUGUUUUAGCCUCCACGGUGAGUCCAACUUGUUACUUUUUGGGCGAAGUCAGUCACGGAUUAUGCUCGAAAAAUGCACCCGAGUGCAUAAUGUCGGGUUGAAGGCGGACUAUGAACUUACCGUGGCAAGUGGAAAACGUUACUGUUAUGAUCUUGAGGUGAUCAAACAACUUGCCCCCUUCGUGGCGAAAGCAGACCGAAGAGUGGCCGAGGCUCGGGAACGUCUCAAAGCGAAUGACGACGUGACCACGUUGGGCGCCAAGGUUUCCGAGCUGGGCGAAAAGAUUGACGCCGCCUUGAAGAAAGCGGAACAACUCGGCGCCACCGGUUUCGUCGCCGAGGGGAUGAAAGUCGUCGGAGGAAUUGACGCCAUGCUGAAAGAAAAGGGAGAAGCGGAACGCGUCUAUUUCGCCGCCACUGCGACCGUCGCGACGGCGGGAAUGUCAAGUCAAAGAAAGAAUUUUAAUGAAAAUUUUCGAGUUUGUGAAGUGUGCUCGGUUUACGUGGGAAUCCACGAUACGGAACAGAGAAAAAGGGACCAUCUGGAAGGGAAGUUGCACCAGGGAUUUAUCAAGAUACGAGAAACUUUGAAAGAAUUGGAGAGAGUUGACGCCCAGCGUCGUAAAGUUCGGAGGGAGCAGAUUCGCCUUGACGACAAGAUAAGGCGGCUUCGCGAGCAAGAGAGACGCGAAGAGGAACGAUGGAGGAUGCAAAGAUGGAAUCCGCCAAUGUCGAGGAGGGCAAAACGUGAGGAGCAGCGGAGGGCAAGACGUGACGAGGAGCGUGACCGUUCCCGUCGUCGACAUGACCAUAGUCAGUUUAGAUCGCGAUCUCGAAGUGGACAUCGGAACGACACGAGGCCACGAUCGAGGGAACGCGGUGACCGGGACAAGGUGACCAGACGACGACACUAAAAAACGAGUAAAUUUCGGACUAAUCAUUUCCACGAUUUAAAAAAUGACAUAAUCUUAAUUACAGAUAAGCAAUAUAUGUAUGUAUUUAGACAUUAAUUAUUAUUUAUUGUAAUUAAGAGAUUUUACAUAUUUAAUAUGUACAAAAAAGAUUUAU